GCCCACCGCUUGAAAAGGGGACCCCUGAGCCGCUUGGAGCAGCACAGCUCGGCUGAUCGGGGCUUUGGACGCGCAGCAGGGUUUGCAUUUUUGCAAAACUUUCUUGCCAAAACGGAGGAGGAAGAAGGAAAAAAAGAAGCAGAGAUGGCAUCUGAGGGUGACAAACUUUAUGGAGGGAGGCUCACCGGAAGCUUAGACCCAACGAUGGAGAAGCUCAACGCUUCGAUAGAGGUUGACCAGCGUUUGGCCGAAAUGGAUGUCUGCGGGAGCAUCGCUUAUGCCAAGGCCUUGGAGAAGGCAGGGAUCCUGUCCAAAGCUGAACUGGAGAAGAUCAUCAGCGGAUUGGAGAAGAUUUCUGAGGAGUGUUCCAAGAAAACCUUGGUCAUCACCAAAACUGACGAGGAUAUCCACACAACCAUCGAACGCAGGCUGAAGGAACUGAUCGGAGAUGUGGCUGGAAAGCUUCACACUGGAAGAAGCAGAAAUGACCAAGUUGUGACCGACCUGCGGUUGUUGAUGAGAAGUGCCGUCACCACGCUGUCGUCUCACCUGCAGCAACUUAUCCGGACCCUGAUAGAACGUGCUUCUGCUGAGAUUGAGGUGAUCCUUCCUGGUUACACCCACCUGCAAAGGGCUCAGCCAAUCAGAUGGAGCCAUCUCUUACUCAGCCAUGCCGUUGCUCUGACCAGAGAUUCGGAGCGCCUCAGCGAGGUGAAGAAAAGAAUCAACGUCUUGCCAUUGGGAAGUGGGGCUCUGGCCGGGAACCCCCUCGGACUGGACCGCGAACUCCUCCGCAAAGAACUGGAUUUUGCUUCCAUCAGCAUCAACAGCAUCGAUGCAGUUAGCGACCGUGACUUUGUGGUGGAGUUCCUUUCCACGUCUUCUCUGAUCAUGAUCCACCUGAGCAGAUUAGCCGAAGACCUGAUCCUCUUCGCCACCAAGGAGUUUGGCUUCAUCACGCUCUCCGAUGCGUUCUGCACCGGCAGCAGCCUGAUGCCCCAAAAGAAGAAUCCGGAUAGCCUCGAAUUGAUCCGCAGCAAGGCUGGCCGUGUGGUCGGAAGGACUACUGGACUUCUCAUGGUCUUGAAGGGACUUCCCAGCGCUUACAACAAGGACUUGCAGGAAGAUAAGGAGGCCGUGAUCGAUGUGAUUGACACCUUGAGCGCCGUGCUUCAGGUGGCCACUGGCGUCAUCUCCACUCUCCAGAUCAACAAGGAGGCCAUGGAAAAAGCCCUGAGCCCUGAAAUGCUGGCAACUGAUCUGGCCAACUACCUGGUCCGCAAGGGGAUGCCAUUCCGGCAGGCCCACACCACCGUUGGAAAGGUGGUGCACUUAGCAGAGACCAAGGGGGUGACCCUGAACCAUCUAUCCCCGGAGGACCUGAAGUCCAUCACCCCCAUGUUGGGAAGCGACGUCUCCCAGGUAUUCAACCACCAGAACAGUGUGGAGCAAUACUCUUCCCCCGGCGGCACGGCCAAAAGCAGCGUGAGCACCCAGAUCGAGCAACUGAAGGAGCUGCUGAAGAAACAGAAAGAAUAAGUUUUGAGUGUGGGGAAAAAAACUAUCCCAUUGCUACGGGUUUCUGCUUAUCACGUUUAAUCCCGAGUUAAUAAAUACCGUGGUGUAUUGGAUUUCACUGAGAA